UGUCUCGUCCUUCAUUCCCCUUCCAAGGGAGCGCGGUUUCCUAUUACUAGCCCUGUGUGGAUUUCAACAAGUAAAUUCCCUCAGGACUGACUCGGGGUAGUGCAAAUUACGCAGCUUCGAAACGUGGCCAGCGGACAAAGGGGGGACGCGUUUCUAAACAGAAAUUUUAGCCCAGGUUUGCUACUAACCUCCAGAAAGCUGCCUAACCUCUUCCAGCCUUAACUGUGAAAUGGGUAGGACAACAUUACUGUGCUUGGUUUGCAAGGUGCUGCCGAUCGAAAUGGCGCGCGAAGACAAGCAAGCAUAAGGCUAUCCAUGCGGGGCCGCGCUCGCUGGGGGUGCAGGGCCGUGCCGGCAGGCGGGCGAGCAAGCGAGGUCUGCGCGCGCCCGGCCGUGCGUGCGGCUGCGGGGAGGCUGCGUGUGCGCGCAGGCAGGAGUACAGUCCGCGGCGCGGUAGUAGUUCACAGCAAACCUGAGUGUUUAAUAAAAGCAUGGAAUACAGAAAACAACAACAAAAAAUUCAGUCUGUGCUUUAAUCUCAUCUGAAAUUUUACAGGUGUGUCUUUUAAGCAGUAUAUGGCAUGUUUUUAACUCAGCUUGAGAGUCUGUUUUUUAAUAGAACCUAAGGCUUGUUUGCUUCUAAGCUGCUGUGGUGGAUGGCCCUGGCUCCCUGGACCACCCUUCCAAGUAGGAUGUCACUGAGAUCCCUCAAAUGGAGCCUCCUGCUGCUGUCAAUCCUGAGUUUCCUUGUGAUGUGGUACCUCAGCCUUCCCCACUACAAUGUGAUAGAACGUGUAAACUCCAUGUACUUCUACGAGUAUGAGCCGAUUUACAGACAAGACUUUCACUUUACACUUCGAGAGCGUUCAAACUGCUCUCAUCAAAACCCAUUUCUUGUCAUCCUGGUUACCUCACACCCCUCAGAUGUGAAAGCGAGACAGGCCAUUAGAGUUACUUGGGGUGAAAAAAAGUCUUGGUGGGGAUAUGAGGUUCUUACAUUUUUUUUAUUAGGCCAACAGGCUGAAAAGGAAGACAAAAUGUUAGCAUUGUCCUUAGAGGAUGAACACCUUCUUUAUGGUGACAUAAUACGCCAAGAUUUUUUAGACGCAUAUAACAACCUGACAUUGAAAACAAUUAUGGCAUUCAGGUGGGUAACUGAGUUUUGCCCCAAUGCCAAGUAUAUCAUGAAGACAGACACUGAUAUUUUCAUCAAUACUGGCAAUUUAGUGAAGUACCUUUUAAAUUUAAACCAGUCAGAAAAAUUUUUUACAGGUUAUCCUCUAAUUGAUAAUUAUUCGUAUAGAGGAUUUUACCAAAAAGCCCAUAUCUCAUACCAGGAGUAUCCUUUCAAGGUGUUUCCUCCCUACUGCAGCGGGCUGGGUUAUAUAAUGUCCAGAGAUUUGGUGCCAAGAAUUUAUGAAAUGAUGGGUCAUGUAAAGCCCAUCAAGUUUGAAGAUGUUUAUGUUGGAAUCUGUUUGAAUUUAUUAAAAGUGGACAUUCAUAUUCCAGAAGAUACCAACCUUUUCUUUUUAUAUAGAAUCCAUUUGGAUGUCUGUCAGCUCAGACGUGUGAUUGCAGCCCAUGGCUUUUCUUCCAAGGAAAUUAUCACAUUUUGGCAAGUUAUGCUAAGAAAUACCACAUGCCAUUAUUAAUUUUACAUUCUACCAAAAGCCUAGAGAAGGGCGAGGUAUCUUUGGAAAGUGUGAAAGUUGUAUUGUGAAAAAGGGAAAACCCAUGGAAACAUCUGUGUGCUGGCUUACACUGAACAGACAGACACUCAACAAGAACUCAUAGGACAGAAGUUGGAGGGCAAUAUGUCAGUUGUGACUUAUUUUGACAAAAAUCAAGUCAGGUCAUUUUAUGAUGACCUUCAGAGGAAUUAACAUAAAGGAGCAAGAGAUUUUUGCUAGUAAAACAAACAAUUUAAACAUGUCAUUCUGUAGAUGAGAACAUCUUAAAAGGGUCUCACUGAAUUAUAACUCUUUGAUCCAUAACAACCAAGCAGUGGGGGGCUCUUUAUUGAGCAGUCUAGUCAGUUAAGGAUUUCAUGUAUAUCUUACAUAGAUUAUGGAUUAGAAAAACAUAUAGUUCUGUGUGAAAAACUUAACUAAAGUUAUAUCGAACAAAAUUCCAUUUGUUUUUGGUCAUUCAGAAGGUACUUCAAGAUGUUGCAGUAUUUCAGAGCUAUCAAUUAUUAUUUUAAUGUUACUUAAAAUUUUCUGGGGUUUGAAUGUUAUGGUUGUUUCAGUAUGGAAUAGUGUUUCAGUACAGAGUAGUGAAUCACCCUUCACGUUUGAACUUUUUUUUCCAGUUACUUCACAGAUCAGUCUUUUAUUGAUAGCCCCAUCAAUGUAAAAUCAUUAUUGAGUAUAAGUAACUGUCUUGGACUUUGAUAAAUAUCUUACUGUGCUAAUAUAGAAAAGAGUUAAAGAAUGAAUUUCUAAAUUAUUAUCUUGUUUUUAAAAAUAUAAUCCCCAGUGCCCAGUGCUUUUAGAUAUCGCUUUAUCUGUCUCAUUUUCCACUUGGAAGUCAGAAAUAAUACAAAAUGUCAUGCAGUAUGUCUUCUUUUGGAAAUAACUUUGAAGGCAAAAAAGAAGAGAGAACCUGUUGGCCACAGUAUUAUGAAAUAGCGUCAUAUACCAGUAUUUGGAACUAGAAAGAGAAGAGUCACGUUAUUAAUCUAUUCCCAUGUCUUUUCUCCUUAAAAAUAAGUUUGUGAAUAAAAGAAAAAAGAAACUACUGCUGCUGUUUUUAUUUGUUUCACAUCAAGAGGAAAGCUGUAAUGUGUGGUCUAAAAUCAAACCUGAUUUAAAUCUCAUAUGGAAGCACAUUCUUAAUAGAAGCGGUGAUGUAUCUUUUUUAGAUUUUUAUCUUUUUUUAUUAGGUGAUGUAUCUUUUGUUGGGCUACUUUGCCAAGCAAGCUCUUGCUAAAGUAGGUACUCAGUGUAGCAUGAGAUGCCCAGAGGCCUUCUUCCUGUGGCAUUUUCUAAAGCUAGCUGCUUGGCUGCUCAGCACCUGGCAGUGGUAGGAAGCAGACUUAGGUUCAGGCAGUCCUGGGUGAAGCAAUCUGAACUGGGAAGGCCAUGUACGCCCGAGGGCCGUUCUUGAAAAAACAGUGUACUAGAGCUUUCUGCUUCUAGUAGGUCAAAGAAGAGCGUUCCUAGUCCCCGUAUUUCUGGAAUUGUGGCAUUUACUAUUGAUAUGGAAACAAAGGGUCUUUUUUUCUGGAUUACAUGUUGGCAAAAGACUAAAUAAAUCCUUUGGCAGGCAAUAAAAACAUGAAAGUAUGUGUUCAGCUCUUGUAAUAUUCAAAUAUUUAUAAUUUCCCCAUAAGAAAGACCUAAUUUCAAUGAAAAUUAUUGUAGUGUGUGAUUCUGUAUAAUACGACUAUUUCCAGUUCCCAGGGCUCAGAUUAAUACAUUUACAAUACCAUCAACUAAAUGAAAUAUUCUGUGAAACCGGAUCUAUGCACUUGUUAAUCCCCAUUCACGUAGAAGUCAUUUCCUUUAAGACACAUGGUGGUGGUGAUUUUUGUGGUAUGAUUAGACUUGAUUGAUUUUACAGAAUAUAAUAUUGAUAUUUGGGAAGCUAAAUCAGAGAAGUUUUAGAGAGAACUUUUAAAACAAAAAAUAAAUUUCCUUUAAGAUAAGACUGGAAAAAAAAAAGUAAAAUGUGAAUAAUUGCCAAAUUUCAGAACAAUGUUCCUUCUGGAACUAGGGAGUGGUACUGAAAAGAUUUCUAAAAUAUUAAAUGGUUAUGAAAACAUAAAGAGGUUGAAUCAUUAUAUGCAUAUUUUUGUUUUAAUUACAUGUUUCUUAAUAGCCUAAGCUUCCAGGUAGCAAAUACUAGUCAACUGGGUUAUUAAAAUCUUGGCAUCUGAGAGUUAGCCAAAUAACCAGAAACAUUUUUUAUGUUAACUCAUAUGACAGUAAGUCAAAAAGUAUUGCUACAAAAUCAUAGAAACAAUUAUUAAACGAG